AUGUUCUUCGCUGAAUCUGCGCUCUCUUUGCAGUCAAGCAUCACAGCGUCAAGGAAAGAACCUGCAGCAUCCCAGGGCAACAACGGGAAGGACUUGACGGCGAAGCUGCUCUCCCUGUGCGAUGGCUCGAGGUGUUAUGAUGCCAUCGCAUGCGCUAUCGGGUUGUCGAUCGAGGAGGUUGAGAACGAGUGCACCAACGGAGCACACAAGGAGGAGAUCAUCAUAAUCUGCCGCAUGUCAGCUGCAGGGUCAAACCCCGACAACCCAUGA